AAGUCUUAAGUUACUGAAGGCCCUAAUAUAAUCAAGUUUGUAACCUGACUUUUGGGUUGAUUUACCUUCUUGUCUUUUUUCCUUCUAAGAAUGUAAAACAAAAGGUUUUUAACAUUAAGCUAAGUCAAUUUAAAAGUGGGUCACUUCUUGGUUUCCUCCCCUUUUUUUGUAAAAUUUUAUGUGUUAAUAAAAGCAUACAGUGUAUGACAUUCUAAAAAUUUAGUUACAUAUAUUGCGUAUGUAUAUAUACUUAAAAUUAUGCCAGGGGUUCAUAUAACUUAAUUUAUGGAAACGUUACUGAGAGAAAGCGUUUAAGCCAAAAAAGAAAUGUUUUUUUGCAUAAAAUGAAAUUUAACAUUGUGAUUGACUUUACUAAGUUUCAAGUUUUACUAAGUUAACACAAAAAUUAGAUUUGAACUUUUUGUGUUUAUUUUGCAAAAGUUUUUACAAAUUAAGUAUGAUCCAUCAUUGAGUAUGGUAACUAUUGAAACCAAUGUCAGUAAAUCCUGAAAUGUAAAAUCUGACACUUUAAUGUUCCUCAAAAUGAGUAUAUUAUGAAAAGAUUUUAUUAUAUGAUAAUUUUUAACUGGCCAUGAUGAUACUUAAGAUAUCACACAGUCUUGAUUUUAAACCACGAAGGAAAAAAAUUAAAAAUUAUGUGAGGACAUUAAAGAGAUAUAUCGGUGAGGAUAGGUCCGGUUGUAAGGGGAUGGAGGAGACCGGCAAUUAAUACCUUAUAAAAAGGAAUUGAAUUUGCACUAAAUAUGUGAAAGUUAAUGUAUUUUGUAAUUUGAAUGAUACUGUACAGUUUCAGUUCCUUUGUUGCUCUCUUUUGUCUUUUUCCUGUUUUCAGGUACUAUAAUAAACUUUCAAGGAAUUUGUAGAAGACGUUAGCAAGUUUUUUCAAAUUCUACUGGAAGAUAUAACAUGGCAGUUAUUUUAAAUGAAAAACAAUCAGAUAAGUACCUCUUAUUAAUUAAUUUUAUAUUUAAAUGUGUACUAUACAUAAAGGCGAGACCAUUUUCAUUGUGUAAUGUAAUUUUUAAGUUAUUUUAACAAUUUUGAAACCACACCCUUUUUAAAUUUCCUUCUGUAUAAAAUUUGACAUGAUUAUGUCAUUGUACCACCAGUAAAAUCUUUGCUAAUUUUUCACAUCAGUAUUUUUCAUGACUACUCUGUCACAGUUAGUUUGGACAGCCAAAUGAUCAUGUCAUUUGAUUUUUUGACUGCUUAAUUCAUAAUGCAGUUACUUUAGUACGAAAAUUAACAUUCUAGUUGUAAAUCAUUUAGGAAAUUUCUUUACAUUAACAAUGGCAAUUGAUCACAUAUGAGAAAAAAGUAGAGGAUGAGACAUACUAGAGGAUUUAUUUGCAAAUAUAGAGAAAAAAAUGGCGGCACAAAUUAACUUAGAACUUGUUUCACUUUAUGCUAAAUUCGUGGAGCACAGGAUACAACAUCCUGGCUCCAUGAAUUAUCGGUCGUUUGGCCGAUGGCUAAAGCAGGGUGGGGUCGAGUGGACCAAUGAAGAAGACCCCACCGAAACAGCUCCCAACAUGGAAUUGAUGCAAGUAUGGACAAAAUUUUUACAGUACAGACUUAGACAUAGCGGGUCAAUGGACCUAGAAGUGUUUGGACGUUGGGUGCAUAAUGGCGGGGUUGAGUUUUGUGGUGGGCGACGGGAUCGUGGUAGAAGUAGCAGUCGUGGUUGGAGACGCGGUCGUGGUGGGAGACGCGGUCGUGGUGGGCCGUAUAAGCCACAAUAUUAAAAUGUAUUUUUAUUACUAACCCUUUGUAAAACGAGGUGCACUUUUUUUUAAUAAAAUAUCCUAAAUUUAAAAUGGGCCUAAAUAUUGCCAAAAUUCAAACAAUUGCUAAACUAUUUUUCAGGCUGAAUUUAAAAUAAAUACUUUGAAAAAAACAACAUUUUUUCCAUUGAAAAAAAUAAAUACUUUGAAAAAAACAACAUUUUUUCCAUUGAAAUUAACUAGAUAAACAAAUAUUUUGUCUACCUUGUUUUACGAAGGGUUAGAUGUUAUUAAAUUUGUUAAUUAUCUUAACUCUAUAUUGAAGAAUUUUUUUAUUCCCUUGAUAGAUUCAAAAUUUUAAUGUCAACUGAUGGACACCAUCAUAAAUUAAGCUAUUCCAAAACGAAUAUCAAAUGAGAUAUAUUUUUAUCCACCUUGUUGCGACGGGUAAACGUAAAGGACGGGCGAUCCCGUGGAUUUUUACACGGGCAGGCGUCGUCUGUCUGUUCGUGCCUCUGUUUGUCUUUUUGUUACGGAAAUGUGAUAUAUAAAGGAUGGGCGACCCCUUGUUUUUUCAAAGGGCUACCAACUAGUCUCUAUAAUAAUAGCCGUCGUCUGGCUGUGUGUUCAAAAGGGUUACCGCGUCCUGUUACGGAAACACGAAAUGUGAUAUAUAAAGGACGGGCGACCCCGUGGAUUUCUCCACGGGUUAACGACUAGUCUCUUUAAUAAUAGCCGUAUUUUGUCGGUCUGUCCGCGAGGAAUACGUCGUGUUACGGAAACACGAAAUGAGUUACAUAAAGGACGGACGACUCCGUGGAAUCUUCCACGAGUAACCGACUAUCUCUUUAAUAAUAGCCGUCGUCUGUCUGUGUGUCCGCGAAAGCCGCGUCCUGUUACGGAAACACGAAAUGCGAUAUAUAAAGGACGGGCGACCCCGUGGAUUUUUCCACGGGUUAACGACUAGUCUCUAUUAUAAUAGCCGUAUUUUGUCUGUGUGUUCAAAAGGGUGACCGCGUCCCGUAACGGAAACACGAAAUGUGAUAUAUAAAGGACGGGCGACCCCGUGGAUUUUUCCACGGGCUAACGACUAGUCUCUUUUUAAUAAUAGCAGUAUUCUGUCUGUCUCUACGCAAGAUGGUAACCACAGUAGCAUGACAUGAAAUGCAGUAUAUAGCUAAAGGACGGGUAAACUAAUUGCCUACCCUUUUCAUGCCUUUUCUUAUGCUGUUGCCUGUGCCUCCCAUGCCUUGCUUACCCCUGCCUUGCUGUUUCCUAUUCCAGUUUCCCUGCCUGCCUUUGUCGUGUCUUUGAAUUGCCGUCCUUCCUAUGUCUUUCCUGGUGCCUGCCUACUAUGCCCUUGCCUGUGCCUUCCAUGCCUUGCCUACCCCUGCCAUGCUGAUUCCUUGCCAUCCUUCCUAUGCCUUUCCUGGUGCCUGCCUACUAUGCCGUUGCCUGUGCCUUCCAUGUCUUGCCUACCCCCCUGCCUUGCCGAUUCCCUGCCUGCCUUAGGCCGUGCCCUUUCCUUGCCGUGCUUAAUGCCUUUGCCUUGGCAACCUCUCCGCAACACUUUCUAUACUGGUUUAUAUAACUAGUUAGCUAUACUUUGCAAAUAAAUCCUUUAUUAAAUGCUCUUCCACGUUAAUCCAUGUCAAACUUGCAGAUCCAUAUAUAGCUAGGCUAGCUAUAGCUUACUGUAAAAAAACUUCCUUUAAGUCUUUUUAUAGCUAGCUGUAAUUUUUAUUUCUUCUUACAAAAGUGCGCUGAUAAUGAUAGAAUAGUGUUUCUUUUUAACCAUUACUUUAUUCCUCACAACACAAAAUGUAUGGUAUAUGUAGCUUGAAACUUCAGGAAGCUAACCCCUAAAACCAACAUCAACAAUAUGUCUUCUCUUGCCUCUCUAUAAGAGUCAGUAAUUUAAGUUUUCUUCUAUUCCAACAUCUUACCCAUGUCAAUAUACCACAAAGAGGGUUAGCAACACCAUUUAAACGUGUUAUUAAAAAGCAAAACGUCAGUUAAAGUAAAAAAUUAGUUGAAGAAA